CGUGAGUUAACGUGAUUGGCUGAUCUGUGUUUUCAUGUCGAUUUAAAUUUUCAGACAGCAUUCAGUUUGGAAAUCAUAGCAUUAAGGACCAGACCUUAAAUCUCCCUACUGAGCUGUUGGUUUAAUUCAGGACAAUGGGGAUCUACCAGUGGAACCUAAAGGCACUAAUCAGAGUUUUUAGAAGAGAGUGUCACCGAGUUUUGGACUCGGAGAGAACUACAAUACAUGGAGCAGACAGCAUGCUGAUGGUCCUCCAGCUGGCUGUUGCUGAGGUCCAUAAGCAGGAAAAAGGAGAGUUCGGUGUGGCUUUGAGUGACGUGCUGGAGGCUUGGAAAUGCUUGCUUCUGGACAAGCUCCACCUGUCCCGCGACAGCUCCCCGCUCCCUGAGAAUUAUGAGCUCAUCCGGAAAGAGUACCAGAGCUUUCUGAAGCGCACCAACACGGUGGAUCUGAUUGAUGUCUAUAACAUGUACGAGGGGCUAAAGCUGGAUGAGGACCCUGAAGAUCCCCUGACCGCAACACAGAUGUUCGAGUUCCUAAUGUGCAGCAGCACGGAGGACGCAGAAGAAGCAGAGACGAUCCAUCUGGUUCCGGUGACCCCAUCGAACCGGGUUAGAACCUGCAGCGCACAGGUGCAGCGAGCAGUACGGAGGCUCUUUUGCUCGUAUCUGUGUAUGCUGGUGAACACGAAGGACGAUUUGGCCCUCACACACACUUUAAACACCCCUAACCGCUGUCUCGGGCACACAGCAUUCACUGACCUCAAACACGCAGCACGUGAACGCUCCACGUCUCUAUUUCUGGCUGCGACUUCAUUUAUCCGGGCGAUAGAGCUGGGAGGAAAAGGUUACGCCCCUCCAGAAUCGGACCCUUUAAGGAAGCAUUUAAAGGGUUUGUCUCUGUUUGUCCAUUUCAUGGACCAGCUCGAGGAGAUCCUAGGAGAAACUCCAAACCCCAGUGUUGCUGGAGGCAGGAUCGUGUCCAGCGUCAGAGCGGUCGUCCUGAAGGGUCUCAGCAGCGCCGGUCCGGUGUACACUGCCGUAGAAGACACGGUGGAGGAACUCAAGGAGAGAAUCCAACAUAUCCACAACCUUCAGAACGAGUCUGCUUGUGUUACAGGGAUCAGUCCAGCCAGGCCCAGAAUGUACGCCAUCAACCACGCCACUGCUUAUGCAGGCAGAGAAACUGUUAAAGUCCUGAUCACGGUGUUGGAUGAAGAAGCUCUGGCGCCGCCCUGCAGGAACAAAGCAGAACUGCUCACCGAUGAUCAGAUCGCUCUGAACGAAGCAGAGACUUUGUGUCUCCUUACGCUCUACAAAUCUCCAGAACUUCCCACAGGACUCUCUCCAAAGCCCCUGCGCAAUCGCGUCCAUAGCCAGCAAGAGCACGUAAAGUCUAAGGUAAGGGAGAGGGGCAUCCGAUCGCAGUUUGCCUGCACGUACAUGGAUGACUGUGAGCCUCUAAUUCGAGUGCUAGACUUUCCCAGCACGAGUCAGCUCCCGACCUGCGUUCAUCCAGCUCCUAAGCCGACGGUCCCCUCAGCUGUUAACGCGCCCCCUGAGCACGACUGCAACCCUGCAGACAAAUGCAAAAAACAAGCCGAGGUAGAUCAACAGGCAGCAAUUCAAGCCAUGCGUGGAUCAGGGACCAAACCAGCCCUCGAGCAGCGCAGCACCAACGGCCCGAUCCGGACAGGUGUUUCAAGGAAAGCAGUGGCAGAACUCCAAACCAUCACCAAAACUUCUAAGAGGAAGCUGUCAAACAGAGAGAGUGUGGAACAAGGAGGUGAUGAGAACCAGCCGCCUCAGAAGAGACCUCCUGCCAAAGCUUGUAGCUCAGGGCCAGGGAAGAAGAGCAGCACCAUGUCUAGAAAGAAGCUCAUUGCAGGUCAGGGCAAGCUUACAAGCUUUUUCCGGCUAUGAUUUUAAAGCUUAUAUGCUAUGUUUCAUCGUGACAUCUCGUGUCCUCUGUAAUCACGUCCUCCAUCCGAACGAGUAACGUGUAUAAAUUAGAAGACUUCUACUGUACGAUCGCUUCCUGCUUAAACCUUAAACCCCUCUCUAAUGAGGUUGAGUAUUUUAUCAAUGCACUGAAAACCUUUAAUUUAUGUGUUUCAUUUUGUGAUCUGGUCAUCAAUCAUUGCACAAUGGUAUUUCAUUGUUCUGUUUAUUUUUAAUCACACAAGCAUAUCAUUUCU